AUGGGGAAGAAAGGGGGUGGUUCAUGGUUUACAGCAGUCAAGAAAGCAUUCAGGUCUCCCACUAAACCACCACCACCCACCACCAUCAAAGACCAUCUUCAAGAAAAGCUAAAGAGAAGAUGGUUGUUCCGAAGAUCAUCAAACAUCCCAACUCCAUCAUUGGAUCUGGAUCAGGAGGAGAAAACAUCAAUUCAGCAUUCCACUUCUAUCAAACAACAUUUUGCUGCCACCCUCAUUCAGACCUCCUUCAGAGCCUAUCUGGCAAGAAGAGCAUCACGAGCACUGAAGGGGAUAGUGAUGCUUCAAUCUUUGAUCAGAGGUCAGAUUGUAAGAAAUCAAACAGCCAUCACUUUCAAAUGCAUUCAGACCCUCCUCCGUGUUCAGUCUCGCCUAAACAUUAAACCAUCCAGACUCCAACCACCGUUGUUGAACCAUCUGAUUUCACAAAGCUCCACCCAUGAGUCCUGCAACCCAUAUGAAGAUUACACUCUCGAACAACUCGAUCCCGUUUUGCAAACUCGAAAAGAAGCUGUUCUAUCACGAGAUAUAAAAGAGCUUCAAGAACGAGCUAAUUGGCUAGCUCGAUGGAUGGAAGCCAAGCAAUCGGGAACGCCCACGAGCCGAAGAUCAAGCUACAGUCCUUCCGUAGGUCCACAAUCGGUCACACCAUCUCCAAUCAAGAUCGAACCGUUACUGGUUCAAUCAGCAAGUCCACGGUGCAGAAAAGAAAACAGAAACUACUUACGAGCAACACCGAGCUACAUGGCUGCAACAGAGUCGGCUAAAGCCAAAAUCCGGCCACAAAACUCACCAAGACCAGAAAGGGAACAAAUGGGGUCUGCGAAGAAAAGACUAUCCUAUUCGGUUCAAGACAUGUCUCACGAUUAUAUCGCUCGUUAUCGUGGUUAUGGCCACAACUCGAGAAGCCCCAGCUUCAAGAGUGUUCAAGUAAAUCGACGGUCAGAUUAUGCAGAUAGUACAGACGGAGAGAUUUCACCGUGUUCUACUACUGACCUGAGAAAGUGGCGAAGGUGAGACGACCUUGGUUGAUGUUAAGAGUCCCACAUAAGCUAAACUUGACCCAAUUCUCAUCAAUUUCUUGAGGUUUACGAGAGUAAUCUAACGGGGUUCCACAUAUUCUUACUGUUGUCAUACACCAUAAUGAUUAUGGUAACUACUAUAAACUUAAGUCUUAUAAAACAUUUGAUAUAUCAAUAA